UAUCGUUGAAGGAUAGUAAAUGUCGAGUUGCAGUGGCUUGUGUUUAGUGUUGGUAAAUAAAGUGAAAUGUGAAGCUCGUGGCAAUGUAUUUUGUCGCUAGUGACAUGUAAUUUUCUGCAUUUCUAGUUCUUUGAGAACGCUGGUUGUCAUUACACAGUUGUCCACAUUAUGUCUAUGAUGGAUACGUCGAACGAAGUCUCACGAGAAGAGGUGCUGCAAUUGAUUGCAGAGAAAGAGAGUAUGGAAAAGCAGUUACUUUCUUUAUAUUCUGUGUUAUCAAAGAAUGGGGUUGGAAUGACAGACCCUCUCGUUGAUUCAGAAGACUACCCAAGGUCUGACAUAGAUGUGUAUGAAGUAAGAGCAGCAAGGCAGAGAAUAAUAUGCCUUCGAAAUGAUCUAAGAAACAUGAUGGUAGAAAUUGAAGAAAAGCUGCAUGCUCUCCAUGCCGCAUCGAAAGACAGUAUAGAAAUGUGUGUUCCAACAGAACGAGCAAACACACAGCCUGUCGCAAAAGUAGCCUGGGUUGCUGCACAUUCUCCAGCAGAUCGUGCAGGCCUUAUUGAAGGCGAUGAAAUAGUGGAAUUUGGUUCACUGAAUAGUAGUAAUUUUAGGAGUAUUUCAGAUUUUAGCGUCGUUGUUCAGAAUUCUGUUGGACGGAAGAUAAACGUGAAACUUAAACGGAUGGGGAAUUUCGUAAACGUUCAUAUGAUUCCUGCAUCAUGGUCGCCAGGUGGUGGACUUUUGGGUUGUAAAAUCGUCGAACUUACUGAAAAUGCGAUGUGAAUGAAAACCUCGAAGUCCAGUUUUCAGAAAAUUAUGGGAUACUCCGUUUCGUGCAAAUGGAGAACUGUUUGUUAUAUAUCACUCCGAACACUAGUUCUGUGUGAAGAUGUUUUUUCUCCCCAUUAAAAACGUCAUUCACUGUAUUGGAAAUUAUUUCAACGUGGAUUGGAGAAUUUAAAUGUUUAUUGUAGACACCUCAGCUUAUUAUUUGCCCCCGUGUUGGUUAAAUUGCUACUUUCAAAACUUAUCUGAAUAUACUGUAUUCAGUCUUGAAACAAUUGUGUGUGAAACAGAUAGUAAUGCAGUAUAGUAUUUACAGAAUCGGAAAGAAGUCGAAGAUUUCCGUAGUGUUUUCCCGCAGUAUUCAUUUUGAACCAUAUGAGUGCAAUAAAAAGUUAUAGCAGCAGUUUCUUAACUAAUCGAGCCACAAAACGCAUCUCCGUUAUUAAAUUAUAACAAGAGACACGCAGAUAUUACUGUUAUUCUUCAUGUAAUCAAUCAUGUGAAUGUGGUACAGCUGUUUUCCCUUUUGGGAACGUUUGAGCUGUGUGAUGACUUGCAAGUUUCCUGUGCAAAAGUAUACUUUCAUGUUAUCUCAUCUACAUGUAUUAAACUUCACUUAUCUAUACAGUUUCGCUCUAUAACUGUAAACAUGAAUUUUCUUGUGUUUGUAGAAUAUGGAUCAAUGCCUUUGAAAAUGGAAAAAAAAAGUGUUAUCUGUAAUGUAAGUGUUGCAGUUUUUUCAGUAGCAGCAAACGUAAUAAAAGAAUUGGGUGUAAAUUACUAUAA